UUUUAAUUGAAACCACCGAUCUCGGAUGUCGUGUUGUUAUUCCUUUGGGUUUUUUGGUUGCUAUUUAAAAUACCUCCAGACAGUUGCACCUUCAGUCAUAAAAGUGGGCUCAACACGUGCACAGCACGGUCUCUCUCUUGCAGUGCUCUCGGUUUGAAGUCAGAGGGAUAUUGUCUUUGCAGGGAUGGUAGAGGAAAUGAAGAUGGAAGCAGUGCUGAUUAGCCCCACAACGGGCCAGUCCGCAGGUCAGCAGCAACAAGGCGCCGUUGUCAGCUUCCACAACAUUCACUACAAGAUUACUCAGCCGGGAGGAUGUUUAUGCCGGAGAAAGACCACCUUCAAAGACAUCCUCAUUGACCUCAAUGGAAUCAUGAAGCCUGGUCUAAACGCCAUCAUGGGAGCGACCGGAAGUGGCAAGUCAUCCUUUCUGGAUGUUCUGGCUGCCAGGAAAGACCCUGCAGGUCUGUCUGGUGAAGUCCUCAUCAACGGGGCUCCUCAGCCGCCAAACUUUAAGUGUCUGUCAGGGUACGUGGUACAGGAUGACGUUGUGAUGGGAACCCUGACAGUCAGAGAGAACCUCAACUUCUCUGCGGCGCUCCGCCUCCCAUCUAGCAUCUCUAAGGCAGAAAAAGAGCAGAGAGUGGACACUCUAAUCCAGGAACUUGGACUGAGCCGUGUUGCAGACUCCCGGGUGGGAACCCAACUGAUUCGUGGAAUCUCCGGCGGCGAGCGCAAACGCACCAACAUCGGAAUGGAGCUCAUCAUCAACCCAUCCGUUCUCUUCUUAGAUGAACCCACCACCGGGCUGGACGCCAGCACUGCCAACUUUGUGCUGUUGUUGCUCAAGAGGAUGGCCGAUAGCGGACGCACCAUCAUCCUGUCCAUCCACCAGCCUCGCUACUCCAUCUACCGCCUUUUUGACAACCUCACGCUGCUGGUCAACGGCAAACAGGUAUACCACGGCGCGGCACAGGGAGCUCUGGAAUACUUCUCUGACAUCGGGUACACGUGUGAUCCUCACAACAACCCUGCAGACUUCUUUCUUGAUGUCAUCAACGGCGACGCUUCUUCAGUGGCCCUGAGCAGUAUGGAUGGAGUAGACUCAGAUUCAGUUCUGAAGUCCAGACAAGUAAUCGAGGAUAAGCUGGUGGAAGAAUACAGGAGCUCAGCUUUCUUCAAGCAGACCAAAACUGACUUGGAGAGGAUUGUCCGUGGUCAGCCGACGAAAAGCUACGCUCCUUCUAGAACCAUAACUUACAAUACCAGCUUCCUGACGCAAUUCCGGUGGGUUCUGAAGAGGACGUUCCGGGACCUCAUGCUCAACCCGCAGACUUCCAUUGCUCAGGUUGCAGUUACUCUGUUCCUCGCUGUGGUUGUAGGGGCCAUUUUCUUCAACGUCCAGGAAGACCAGAGCGGCAUCCAAAACAGGUUUGGUGCCUUGUUCUUCAUCACGGUCAAUCAGUGUUUCAGCUCACUGUCUUCGGCCGAACUCUUCAUCUUGCAGAGGAAGCUCUUCAUUCAUGAGUACAUCAGUGGAUACUACCGGCUGUCCGUCUACUUCCUGUCCAAAGUCCUGUCUGAAAUCCUCAUGCUGAGGACCAUCCCUGCCAUGGUGUUCACCUGCGUGUCUUACUUCAUGAUCGGUCUGAAGCCGACUGUGGAAGCCUUCUUCCUCUUCAUGUUCACUGUGACUCUUGUGGCCUACACGACCACCGCCAUGGCACUGGCCAUCUCUGCUGACCAGACGGUGGUGGCCAUCGCCAACAUUUACAUGACCAUCGUCUGCGUCUUCAUGAUGAUCUUUGCAGGCUUGCUGGUCAAUCUUCCCUCCAUUGUCAGCUGGUUGGCUUGGUUGAAAUACUUCAGCAUACCACGCUACGGCCUGAGUGCUCUGGAAGUGAACGAGUUCAAAGGGUUGGACUUCUGUCGUGGCGUAAACACCAGCACCAUCCCAGUUGGAAAAAUUUGCAAAGGGGAAGACUUUCUGAAUGAGCAGGGUGUGGAUUACUCCAAUUGGGGUUUUUGGCAGAACCACUUGGCCCUCGGCAUCAUGACCUUCUGCUUCCUCACCAUUACCUACCUCAAACUGCGCUUCUUAAGGAAGUUCACUUAGACCAGAUUUGCCAUGUGUCAAAAAUGUCUUUUGCAGAUUUUUGUUCAUGUUCAUUCAUUUGAUUCUGUUCUACAAUUUUGUUGAUAAAACUAGCCAUGCUGUGGUGGUCACACUGCCUACCAGCAUGUGGCAGAGUUGAUACCACAGUGCUUAUAACUUGAAUGUUUGAAGAAAUUAUCCUGUUUUUUUUUUUUUUGGUCACUCCUAACUAGCUCAAUACUCGAGACUUUUUGCACUUUUACGUUAUUUUUGAAAAAUAAAACAUCUU